AUGCAUAAAGUCGAUGAUCGAGUGUCUGUGAACGGCGUGGAAGGAACAAUCCAAUUUAUUGGGCCGACCGAGUUCAAGCCCGGUGAAUGGAUCGGAGUGGCUCUGGACACGCCUGUUGGGAAGAAUGACGGUUCGGUCGAUGGUGUUCGCUAUUUUACAGUUGACCAAGGAUAUGGAGUUUUCGUUAGACCAACGAUGCUGCAGAACUCGGGGUCGAAUGAGAGCCGUUUGAAGGCUGUUGUGAGGACGUUGGAAGAUAAAGUCCAGACUCUUCGUGGCCAGAUCGACGACCUGAACAACCAGCUCAAUGUUUCCAAAUCAGCUGUCACCGCUUUGGAAGACUCACUGGAGAGAGAGAUCAUAGACAAAAUGACACUCAACGAGAGGCUGGAACUAUUGGAACAAAACUCCAAAUCAUCUCAGCUCGGUGAGGUGACCAGGCCGAAUGACAAUGCUGAGUUGGAACAGUAUCUACUCCAGAUUGAGCAGCUACGAAAGCUAAACAUGGAUUUGCAGAGCAAAGUUUCACUGUUAUCAGACUCUGAAAUGAUAAUAGAAUCUUUGACCGUCCAGAAUACUGAGCAGGCUGACAAGCUAGCCGAGUAUAAGCUCGCAAUAGAGGAGCUCGAGAAUAUAGUGGAAUUGGACAAAGAUCUUGAGCAGAAUCAUCUUGAGGUGGAGGCAGAGUUGAAGCUAGAGAUUGACCAGCUGAAACAACUGUUGAAAGAUAAAGCCGAUACUAUAAAAAACCUGGAACUCAAGCUUGUCAAACUUGAACGAACGGUCAGUGUUCAACGUCCGGAUCCUGUGUCGAAAGUUGACCAAUCUUCUGAAAAACUGAUGGCCCAGCUGAGGCAUCAGGAAUCGCAGCUGAUCAAACUUCGCUCGCAGCUGGAUUUUUGGCGUGUGUUGGCAUUGACAGAAAAGCUUUCACUGGAGGAGUACUCUGGCUUUGUGUCCGAAGUUGAUGACGUUUCGGACCAGCUUUUUGCUAUGGCGAAACUAGUCAAAUUCAAAGUUCUAUGUCAACAGUUCGAGGACUUUUUCGUCAGCCAAAUUGGCGAUGUCAACAAUCUGGAUGACUACGUUUUCCAAUGGCAAUGUUUGGAGAAUGCGUACAGGCUUGGUGCGCUUGCACUGGAAAUUGGGUGCAUCAUGAAGACUUGCGAGUACUAUAAAGAAGUUCCCGAAGAAGUUCUAUCAAAGACAAACGACUACAUGAACUCUUUCGAGUUGCGUUACGAGCGAAAUGAUUAUGAUUUGGCAUUGGAGUUCAGUUUUGAUGGGCCAGUGAAGAACCGAGAGUUCACUUUGAUGACAUUACUUCUGGCCAUGCAUACGCUGGAGUACUGUUUGUUAUUUAUUGGAACCUUGCAAAGUGGAAUGAUUCUGAAUGAAGUCAGGUACGGAUUUACAGAGGAGAAGAAAGGCCUGGAGCUUUUAAUGGAUCGCGUUGAUCGUGAAAUCAGAAGACUGGAAGAUCUCGAAAAACAAAACUGCGGGUUGAUGAAUUCGAUUGAUCUCAAAAUCCCCCAAAUCGACGGUUUCCUAUCCAAUUUAAAGGAUCUUGAUCAACGCAUAAAGCUUGGACAGGAGAUUGUUGUUUUUGGAAAUCUGGUCCCGCCAAUCGAUCCUACGAUUCAUCCUUUGGAAUUGGAGCAAGCUAUUUUGCCUCCUUCUGGAACGUGGGUUUCAGUUAAGGAGACGAUGGUGGUUGAUAAUUCUAGUUCUGACCAGCAGCAACUUGUUGACGAACUCAAGCUCAAAAUCUCGGUGUUGCAAGGAAAACUGGGGAAGCACGAAUCGGAAGAAUUGGAAUUGAUCGAGCUAACCAAGUCUCUGGAGAGCAUGAAGCUUAGUAACACCGAGCUGACGGGGAAGUAUGAAGAUGUGAGGCGUGAUUACGAGGAAAUACGCGCAAAGCUUCAAGACACCGAAAAACGACUGCGUCUUUUCGGAGAUGAAUCAACUCAAGAGACAUAUCGGGAAUUUCAAAAUUACGACCGUGCCGAACUUGUUGGUGAAGUUGCCAGUCUGCGUACACUGGUCUCAAAACUAGACAGGUUCAACAGGUCCAAUGAGCACCAUGUGCUGUCCAAGGAAUUGGACUUUAUCGAAGAAGUUUCGCAGCUCCCCAAAUGGGACCUCAGCACCGAUAUCGAUCAAAAGCUUGACUUUGAAAAACUAUUUAAAAACAUGGAGGAGUUCAAGGUUCCAAAGCUGUCGCAGAAUGGCAAUAAUGCAUUAAAAUUACACACUAAAAUGAUGAACAUUAUGAUGGGAUGA